CCCGAAACACUCGCCUUUCUUUCCUUCACUCUCUUUCCCUCUCUUUCUAUCUUCUUCUCUUCUCUGUCUGUGUCUCUUUCUAUCUUCUUCUGUUGACUUCCAAUGUUGUAAGUUCAUUUUAUCCUCAAUCUUUUUGGUGUGUAUGUUUUUCCUACUCUUGUUAAUCUAAAUCUAUUUUUCUAAUUAACUCUUGAUUGUUGAUUAUUGUUUUCACCCAUUGAUUGUGGUCAUUUAGUGUUCCAAUUGGUGAUCUUUGUUUAAUUAAUUUCCAUCGGUGAUUAUAAAUACAACGGAUUAAAAAGCGCAGAGAAAAAUUCAAAUGUGAAAAGAAUAUUUUUUUUUCUCUUCUUUUCCUUUUCCUUUUUUUUUCUCUUCUAUUCUAUUUUUUUUUUGCUUCUUCUUCUUUGGAAUUGAUUUUAUUUUUCAUGUUGGUCUAUGGUCACCAAGGUAAUUUAAUCGGUGGUGUUGAUCCACAGGGACAACCUAAAUUAACUUGUAUCACCUCAACCCAAAGUAAAAUUGAUCCAUCGACAACAUUGGUGUUAAAUAAUCAAAGGCCUCAACCAAGUGACCAAUCUGAUAUGGCGACGGGUCUUCAUGCCUCUUCUUCAUCUGAUAUGGAAUUGGAAUCGAUGAUUGUUUUAUUUUUUGAGAAACGUAAAGAAUUAAAUCAAUCACUAUUAAAGGUUGAAGCUCUAAGUCGACAAUUGGAAGAGCUAAAAAGUGGAAUCAAUGGAUCAACCGCAACUUACAACAGGUUUACCAAUAAUCCGGUAAACCGAGUGAUUGGUGAUAAAUUUGAUGAUCUGGAAAAAUUAAGACAAGAGCUUACGAAUCAAACCCGACUAAAUGACCAACAAAAUGUGACCUUAAUGCACAAACAGAACCUGUUAAUGCAAAGGAAGUGUGAAAUCGCCGGAAUCAAUGAGAGAAUCUCUGAAUUACAGAAAAGAUUAGCCAUGAAACGAAUGUUAAAUCAACAAUUAUCCUCUCAGGCCAAAAGUCGAACUGGUGUAGCCUAUGGAUUACCUAAUGAUAAUUCACUUAACUCAUGUAAUCCACGAUUAAGAAGCUCAGUUGGCCCAUGUAACAACAUUCGUCUAACUAAUAACUACAAUCGUAACAAUGUAAUCAAUGUUGCCGCUGUUGAACCUUUCCAAAGAUCAACUGUAACCACAAAUAAUUAUCCAGCCAAUUCUUAUGAUAAAUCUGAUGAAAAUAUCGAUCCCAUAUUAGGCGAUAUCUCUCCGACCAAACAACAAUUAACGCAAUUUCAAAACUUGCCUUAUAGGAAUAAAUAUUCACCCGUUGAAAUAACCUCAUCAAAUGCUUACCCACCGACAGUGAAUAUAAAUAACGUUGAAAACACGACCAACAUUAACAACAAAACCAAUUGUAUCCUCAACACACAUCACCAUCAUCACCAACAACAACAACCACAGCAACAGCAGCAACCGUUUCAUCAUCUUCCUCUCUCUCAUCAUCAACAACAGCAACAGAUGCAACUCCAACGACAACAACAACAACAACAACAUCAUCAUCAUCACCAACAACAACAACCACAACAACAAUAUGUAUCCGUUGGUAACACACAUAAAAGUAAUGGUAACAAUGUAAAUCUGUCACUGGCCAAUGAGAUGAUAAGUCAAUCGGAAUCAUCUGAAAGAUCCUGUGAUGAGAACGGAACCUGUGAACUUGUACGGCCACAGUCCGAUGGUCUAGUGGGAGGAGGUGAAAAUACGCUUAUCAAUAGUCCGUUAAAGCAUAAGAUACACUUGAGAGAACGGCCUUCGCCCUCCGGAAGUAGUAGCAGUUCAUCAGAUCAACUUCCUGCUGGUUACUCUCCCUCAAAGAAAGUUUUAGAAAACAUCAGUGACAAUAUGAAUAAUAAUCAUAACCAUAAUAAUAAAUCACUUGGAGUUAAUAGUGUGAACCAUUCAUCUAAUAAUGAUUAUUAUGGUUCUCGUGGUGUGGGUGGUAAUAGUAGUAGUAGUGGUGCUGAUGGUGACAAUAAUAAUGAAAAUAUGAUGACGAUGGGUAAUUGUGAUAAUUUUAAUAAUACCAAUAAUUAUCGUUUCUCUGAACAAAUGAGUGGAUAUGAUGAGACAGCAUCAAGUGAACAGCAACAAUUGAUAGAUUGUAUUAGGAAAAAUUCACGCCUGGUUGAUCAUCAUCAUCAUCAUCAUCACUCUCAGCAUCAAAAAUCACAACAAUUACAACAAAAACAACAAUCAGAAUUGAUUGAAAAGUGUGUCUCCGAUUUGCCAAAUAACAUCAACAACAACAAUAAUAAUAAUAGUAAUAAUAAUAAUGGUAAUAAUAAUCAAAAUUGUUCAUCAUUAGAUGAAGAUGAUCGAUCCACAUUGUCUGAUCCUUCAGUUACCUCUUCUUCCGGAUCAAGUUCAUCCAAUCAACAAAAUGUUCAUAAUCUUAAUCAUCAUCAUAAUCACAAUCAUAAUGUUAAUCCAACGAAAACAUCAUUUGAAAGGAAACCACUUAAUUUCCAAUGGCCACCACCUCAGUAUCAAUCAAUUGAUCAUCAACAAUCAAAGUCAAUCACAAGUAAACCCGAUGAGGGUAAAAAAGUGACCUGGGCAAAGAAGCGAAUAUUAUCAAAGACAACUGAUGAUCUUCGAAGUCCAACAAAAGAUUCAUUCUAUCUUAAAGAAAGUCCAUCUUCCCGUCCGACCUCAAUUCAUCUAAUGAACAACAAUAAUAAUAACAAUCGACAACAACAAAAUAAUAACUCUAAACAAGAAACAAACUGUCAACAUGAGGAUCAUCAUAAUCAAUAUAAUAACCAACAGAAUCAUAAAUUGUCACUUGAUACUAAGAAAAUUAUCAUCAAUACAUUUGUUAAUAGUAAUCAGAAUAAUAAUAAUUGUAACAAAAUUAAAAGCUCCCUGAAAAAGGAUAACGCUAAUAACCAUAGAGUCCACCAGAAAAAGGAUCAUGAAGGUUUAACCCGACGGGUUAGUUUUGACCCUUUAGCCCUUUUACUGGACGCUGCCCUUGAAGGUGAACUUGAUCUGGUCAAAAAAACAUCUAAGAUACAAGAUGUAAGUGCUGCCAAUGAUGAAGGGAUAACUGCCCUUCACAAUACAAUUUGUGCCGGUCAUUUUGAGAUAGUUAAAUAUCUAGUUGAAAUUGGAUGUGAUGUCAAUGCUCCUGACAGUGAUGGAUGGACUCCAUUACAUUGUGCUGCUUCUUGUAACAAUUUGACUAUGGUUAAAUAUUUAGUUGAACAUGGAGCCUGUAUUUUUGCGACAACUUUUCCGGAUAAGGAAACAGCAGCCCAAAAGUGUGAGGAAGGCGAAGAAGGAUUCGAUAGAUGUUCUCAAUAUCUACUACAUAUUCAAGAUAGUCUGGGUAUCAUGAAUGAUGGUAUUGUUUACGCUGUUUAUGAUUACGAUUCUCAAAGUUCAGAUGAAUUGAGUUUCAAAGAUUCAGAUUGUAUAACUAUCUUGAGGCGUGGAGAUGAAGAUGAAAAAGAUUGGUGGUGGGCACGAUUAAGUGACAAAGAGGGAUAUGUACCUCGAAAUUUACUCGGAUUAUACCCACGAGUUAAAGCCGAUAAACAAGACAAAGUAGAUGCCAUGGAUUAAUUACAAUUAAGAAAACAAUUAACUACACAAUCAGAAACAAACAAACACACACACAUCACCAAAAGCUUGUCAAUUUUAAUCAAUCACAAAUUACAACAAAAUUAUCAUGAUUAUAGUUUUUUAAUUACAAUUAAGAAACAGAGGAAAUCAUAGUCAUUUAGAUGUUAUAACAAUUAAAAUAAUCACACCAAAUCCGUCCAAUUAACCCAAAUGAUCAAUUAGUUUUGUUGAUCAUUUUCAGAUUGAAACUGAUUGGGUUCAUGGUAAUUAAUUGUGAAUUUUAAUUGUAUUUUACAUCUCCUAUCACAUGAAUACUUAUGGAAGGAAAAGAAGAUUUAAAACUAAUUUUAAUCAAUCACAAUCAAAUUUACAACAAUCAACGUGAAGAUAAUUUUCUUCUAAUUCUUGCUAUGCAAAGUUUUUAAUUAGCAUUUAUUACCACCAACAAUUAACUAAUUUUUGUUAUCGUUUUCAUCUCAAACCAUUUUUUUUUAUUUACAUAAUUUUCACUUCUCUUUCUUCAAUUGUGCCUAAAUGCUUUUAAUUAACUAUCAUAAUUAACUAAUUUUCACCACCCAAAUCAUAAAUAUCACCCAGAUAAUUUAGAUAAUCAAGUUGCCAAAUUAAUGGGAAAAUUAAUUGUGUUUAAAGCUAUUGCUUAUAUCAUUUUUUUAAUUAUAAAUAUUUUACAAUCAAUUUUUUUUACCAAAAUGUUAAAUUGCUUCAAAUUUUCCUCUAAUUGUUUGAAAUUUUGCAAGUAAUUAUGUUGACAAUUAACUCUGUCUUAUCAACAACUAUCAACUUAAAUUGUAAUCAAAUCAAAUCAAACAAUUUCAACCAACGAAUGUAAAACUUGGUUAAGUCUAAUUGUUUAAAUCAACACAUUUUUUGAUAGCAUUUUAAUUAGUCCAAUUAAUUGGAUUGUCAAAACCUUUCAUUUGUAUUCAAUUUUAAUAUCCAAAGUGUCACCAACAACUCAAGUUAAUUAAUUGUCAAUCUUAAAAUAAAAUCAAACAAUUAAGAUUAGUAAUUAGCUUGUAAACAAUUUUCCUUAACCUUGAUUAACCUAGUAAACAAUUAAAUUAAAAGUUGAUCAACAAUUUAA